AUGACUCACUCUUUCGACAUUCCUAAUUACAUGAAUUUCUUGAAAUGGUCUCCUUUUGGUUCUUAUUUUGUUUUGGCUUCUCUCGGCACCUACGGCACUGUUAUGUUUUGUCAUCUCAAUGAUCAAGACACUGUAGAAGUGGGUUUGCUGCUGCUGCUGCUGCUGCUGCUGCUGCUGAUGAUGAUGAUGAUGAUGACGAUGAUGCUGCUGCUGCUGUCCGUGCUAGUGAUGGUGCUGCACCAAGACGAGCACUACAUGUGCAACGAGGUUCGAUGGUCUCACUGCGGGCGGUAUCUGGCUACCUGCGUGGUUAUUCCGCCUGUUGCUAGCACCCAGGCUUAUAGACUAGACGGCAGCACUGGAUUCAAUAUAUGGACCUUUCAGGGUAAGCUGCUAGAGAAGAACAAAAAGGAGUACUUCUAUCAGUUCCUUUGGCGGCCUCACCCUCCCACUCUCCUAUCAGAAAAACAACUCGACGAUAUUAAAAAACGCAUGAAAGAACACAGCAAGAGAUAUGAAGCCGAGGAUGAGAGACUACGCAGCGAGAAACGCAGAGCUUUCUUAAAACAAUGCGAGGAAGAGUGUGAGCGGUUCCAGCAGAUCCUCGAUGAGCUAGAAGCCUGGAAAGUUAAACAUCCGUUUUUUGUGUUUUAG